AUGUCUUCAUAUAUUACGAAAACAAUUCUUGGAAAUGAAUUUGAUAAAAUUACGAAAUCCAUGAAAGAUUUAACUUUCGGUGAAAGUGUCGAUGGAGAAGACAAAGAUGUCGGCAUGUCUGGCGAAGAUCAGCUUGCUGAACAAAAAAGACAAGCAAAUAUCGAAAAAGAACGAAAAGAAAGACAAGCUAAGGUGGAAAAAGAGCGUGAAGAAAUAAGACAAAAGAUUCGUGAUAAAUAUAAUAUCAAGAAGAAUGAUGAGCAUUCCAGUCCAGCUCAUGAUAAAACAAAGACGAUGACAACGACAUUGGAUGAAAAUAAAGCAGAAGAAGUGCAUCAAGCAUCAAGUGUAGAAAAUCAAAGUAGAUAG